AUGUUGUCAUCAGUUCCACCUAGAAAGAUUGGGUGGAAAUCAGAAACAGUAAAAGUCACAAGAUCCUAUCCAACUUUCUCUUCCCUGAAUGCCUGGGAAGAAUUCAGGGGCCUCUUGCCUGUGGAUGGAGAGCCAAACCCUGGAGUGGGCCUGGGUGUGGAGGAGGGACUGCUCUGCCAGAUGGUUCAUUCUCCAGAAUUCAACCUGUUUCCUGACUCCGUGGUGUUUGAAAGCAACUUUGUCCAGGUCAAAAAGGGCAGGAACUGGAUUGACAUCUACAAAGCCUCCUAUACCAUGGCCUUAGGGGUGACCUCGUCUGUGCCCUGCCUGCCCCUUCCCAACGUCCUCCUCAUGGCCCGUGUCAAAUGGCACCGGGGGCAAAGCCAGACAUGGAACAGACCAUCUACAGCCCCAAACAUUAUCCUGAAGAGGAUUCUCCCACUGAAGUUCGUGGAGCUCCAGGUCUGUGACCAGCUUCAACGCAUCCUGCGGCUGAGGACAGUCACAGAGAAGAUCUACUACCUAAGACUCCACUCGGACCAUCCUGAAACUGUCUUCCACUUCUGGACCCGACUAGUUCAAAUUCUGCAGAAGGGCCUGUCCAUCACCACCAAAGACCCUAGGAUUCUUGUCACUCACUGUCUGGUACCCAAGAACAGCUGCAGCCCCUCAGGAGACUCUAAGUUAGUACAGAAGAAACCACAAGCCUCCCAGCCCAGCGAGAGCCUCAUGCAGUUGAUGGCCAUGGGAGAGAGUGAAGCUCUCUCUCAGAUUUUUGCUGACUUGCACCAGCACAACCGAUUCAGUUCCAGGAGUAGCAAAAAGACCAAGACCAAAAAGGACAGCUCAGAAAAAGAAAUUUCCUUCGAAGAUAGCAUCCCUUGCACCCGCGACCUCAGUUGGAGGGAUUCCUUCACCUAUGGAGAGUGGGAAAGAGAGAACCCCUCCGGGCCACAGCCCCUCUCACUCCUCAGCACGUUGGCAGCCUCCACGCGACCACAGCUGGCCCUGUUCAUAGGAAAUUCUAUUUGAGCCACCCUUUCACACUGGGGAGAGUCUAAGCAGCCCUCGCCAACACCACUGUGCAGCAUUCAGCCUUCCGAGGGGCUCUAUCUGGAUAGAGAGAAGGGGGAUCGCUGCAACUAAGGAAAAACUGGAAUCAUCUUGGGCCCAUAGCAUAGCCUUUCC